AUGCUACAUUUGACCCGAGACGCCCAGAAUAAGAGUAUCAGUGCACUUGAAGAAAACGAAAAUGACUACAAUAGUGGCUACGAGUCCAGCAGUUCCAGCGACACAAACUCACUCACGGAAGAUUUGGAUCAGAUUGGCCGUAUUCAGAUCCCCAGACUCUCAUCGUACUUGAGCAAGGAGAAUCUCCCCAGCCUCUCCACACUUCCCAGUCUACCCCAUUUCCCCACGUUCAACAAUUUGACGAGUCUUCCAUCUUUUCCAAAUUUGCCCUCGGCCAAUCUUCCGUCGUUUGACUUGACUGAAUUCUCUAGGUAUGUCUCUCAAUAUGUCCAAAAUGCCACCUCCAAGAUGUCAGGAUCAGAUUCCAAGGAGAUUUCGCCCGAGGCUGAAACCCGCUUUGCCAAUUCGGUAAAAACAGCGCUAGCAACAAGAAUCCAAAUGACAACCUUCUUGUCUGACUUGAAAGGUGGUUUGUCUCUACGAGCUGCGAUCGAUAGGUUGCAACCACUCACAGAUGUAGUACACGAAGCCAUCACGUUGCCUGCCGAUGACGAAUCAGAUGAUGAAAUCAUGCAAAACGACACUGAGCCUGUGGUGGUGGACGAGAUCGUCAAUCGGGAACAGCCUAUAAUGACGGAACUAAUUGUUCCAGAAGGCGAAGGGAGCGAGGGCCAAGGGAAACUGGCUCGUCGAAAGCGUUCGCACGCGCAUAAGCGGUCGUUUCAUAUGAGCAAAUUGGCCACCAGUCGUCUUUCUGAUGGCUACGAUAGCAGUGCAUUCACAGGAAGUGAUGUGGACGAGCUAACGGCAGAGGAGGCGCGGGCCUUGACUCAUUUGGAUUCUCUCGAUGAUUUUUUCAAGGAAGAUUUGCUUCGAAAGAGAAUUCAGCGAAUUCAGUCCUUGACUAAUUUAAGCCAGCAGCUGAAGAACAAGUUGGUGACCAAGCUCAUGAUGGGUAAUUACUACAGAUAUAUCAACGAGAAGUUGUGGAACGAGAAGGGAAUCACGCUAAGAAAGGAAGGUGGACUUACUUUGGAUGACGAUCUGUUGGCAGCAGCCACUAAUGAUGAGUCCGCAUCGGACAUGUAUGUUGAUAAAGGCUCAGAGAGUGAUACUGAGGACACUAAUAAUAAUAAUGACAAUUUUGAUAGUCAACAUGAAGAAGACACUUACGAGGAUGACUUUGGGUAUGAUUAUGAUGAUGACGAUGACGAUGGAGAUGCAGUGGUGCUUACUGAGGAAGACCAGCAGCCGUCAUUUUUUGAUGAGAGCAGAAACAUCAUGGGCUGCAGCCACUAUCAGCGCAAUUGCAAACUAGAAUGUCCAACGUGCCAAAAAUGGUUCACAUGCCGUUUCUGUCACGAUCAACAGGUGACCGACCAUAAGUUACAACGGUCCGAAGUGAAGCAUGUGCUCUGCAUGUUCUGCAACACCCCACAGUUUCCUGACUCGAGCUACUGUGUCAAUUGUGAGGAGGAGUUGGCCAACUACUUUUGCUCCAAGUGUGUGCUAUACGAUAAUGAUCCGGCCAAAGACAUCUACCAUUGUGACAAGUGUGGCAUUUGUCGGUUAGGACUUGGACUUUCCAAAGACUACUUCCACUGCGAUGUAUGCAAUAUCUGCCUUUCCAUUGACUUGAAGGAACAUCACAAAUGUGUCACCAACACAACGCAUUGCAACUGUCCCAUCUGCAACGAAUACCUCUUCACAAGUGUCAGCAAAGUUGUAUUCAUGAAGUGCGGACAUCUGAUCCACCAAAUGUGCUACGACGAAAUGAUCAAGCAUUCGUACAAGUGUCCCGUGUGCAAGAAAACCGUGAUCAAUGCUGAAACGCAGUUUCGGAUUCUAGACCAAGAGAUCCGACAGCAGCCACUUCCUGCUCCCUACAAUAUGUGGAGGUGCAUUAUUAGUUGCAAUGAUUGUAAAGGAAAGAGCAACUGUGCAUAUCACGUUAUGGGACUUAAGUGUAAGUAUUGUCAAAGCUACAACACACAUCAAAUCAAGUUGAUCAAGCCCGAAGAAGAAGUUGACGAAGACAAUGACGAUGUCGAUAGCAAAUCCAUUGGCGAGGAAUCCAAUGAGCGAAUUACUUCGAUGCGGCUCAUGAAAACCAAUUUGGGUUCCAACUUCUUGAUCGAGGGCCAGAAUGACCCCAACGAGCCGCACGAAAACGCCGAUCGCGAAGUGACUAUGACAGAUGGUGCAGAUGACGAUGUUGGCAAUUUGGUCAAUUUCAGACGGUUGACCAAGGCAAUUUUAGGCAACAAAGAUGUUGACCGCCACUCUGUGACCAAAAUGUUCCAAACUUUCAUCAAUUCCAGUAUAAUGGACAUUGCCGAAGCCGAAGUGGAGUCGGAUGCCAAAUCCGAGAUGGAAAUUUUUGGAGGUUUCUAA